CGGUGCUCCAUUUUUUUAAGUCCGCAAAAACCUGGGGGUGUUUUUCUUUUCAUUUAUCUUGCAAUUACCACGGCAAUAGUAAGAUGAGUGCUCGCAACUCUGGCGCCUGGCUGGCCCUGGCUCGCGUGACUCGCAAUACCUCUGUCCCAUUCCUCUAUCAGACUCGCACACUCUCCGCUGUGCCUGGUUGGCGAUAUCCGCACUGGCGCGAGCACAUUCAAACAGCGUCGAUCUCGACCGAGGCACAACAGCAGCGACAAAAGCAAGAUGCUACUACAACAGGAUCUUCGGGCAGCUCAGCAAACGAAAGCACACCAUCGAAACCCCGGUCCGGACGCCGCAGUUUCCUCAAACGCAAAGCCGCUUCGGUAUCUCCUCUCGCCGACACCACCACCACCGCAGCUCAGCCCUCCAUCACAGGCACUCAGCGUCCCGUAAUGACUAGCAGCGAGAAACAAGCCUUUGGUGAACUUCUCGAGACGCUCGGCGUCAAACCCGAUACUCAAGCCGAUGCUCCAUUGGCAGCCUGGCCACCGCCGCCACCGCAACCCUCAAGCGCUGACGUUUCCUUCUACAACGAAUCCUCUGAAUCCUCGGCCGACUCCGAGUCCCUGUCUAAGGACAUCACCGACGAAGAACGCCAGGAAAUCUCGCAAAUCUCCGCCAUCUUCGAAUCCGUCCUCCAGGAUCUGAAGGAGCGCAAGGUCCGGCAGCAGCGGCAGGAACAGAGGAAACUGGAGCAACAGGGCAAGUCAUCCCUGGUGAUGGCGGACUCGACUUCGUAUCAUGCGGGAGGCGACGAUCCGGCUGCGUUGCCGGGGAGUACAUCGAUGGUAGAGUUCAUCGAGACGCGGAUGCGGAGCGGUGAUUUCGUCAACGCGCAGUUGGCGGACUGGGUUGAGCGACGACUCGUCACCUCGGAGCAGGCGGUCGAGGCAGUCGUGCUGCGCGAGAGUCGCGUAAUCGAGGCGGAGAUGCAGAGGUCGGUCAGGAAGAUCAGCGGUGACAGGAAGAUCUGGAAGACUUGUCGUGAGACCAUCUUCCCGCUCGUGCGUGUUCUAGAAGAGGAUUUGGGGAUGGGAGUGGCGCCUGAUAACGCGGACCAGGCGGAUGAGAUGGAGGUGCAGGACAGCCAAUCUGGGGAGAUGGUCUUAAUACCGGAGGAAUCAUCGUCGGCGAGCGUGGAGGAGCAAGCCCAGGGUCCGGAACAGGCGGUCAUUGAGUCACAGGAGGCCGAGACGCCGGCAAAUGAAGAUGAGGAAGUACAGCAGGAGGUGGUGGUGGAGGAGCAGGAGAAGGAGGACGAGAUGACUGUCAAUGAGAGGAUCAAACAGGCCGGCGGGAAGUACAAAUUAACCGUUCCUGCGGGUGUCCCCGUUUCCUCGGUCGUGGCCGAGCUCUAUCCCAAGAUGCUUUUGGCUGCCUUUCGCCUGCUGAACCUGCACUUCCCGAUGUCGUCACUCAUCGGCCAGUUCCGAGCCACUAUCCGCCUGAUGGGUCCCACGUCCGCCAUGCUGGGCGGCUCGACCGGGCUCUACAACGACCUCAUCUACUUCUACUGGCGCGGGUGCCAGGAUCUUCCGGCUGUGGUUGCCCUCAUGCGCGAGAUGGAGGUUACGGGUGUUGAGCCGGACGCACGUACGGUGCGUAUCUUGAGUUCAAUAAACACGCAGCGCACGCGCGAUCUCAAGACGCACUGGCAGCGUCAUGUCAGCUCGCUCCCGGCGCGGAAAGAUCCGUCCGAGAAGGUGCACGUAGGCCGCGAGACGUGGUGGGACCUGGCGCCCAACCGCAAGGCCUACUGGAUCCUGUGUGGGAAGGAUGGGUAUGUCGACAAGUUGAAAGCGCGGUACGAAGAGCUGCAGCGCAACGAGCAGCCGGCCAAGGCCUCCCAAAGCCGAAGCAAGGCAUAGUGUAAGCUCUGUAGAGAGCCUCAGAAAGAUCGAAUAUAUUGUACAGUACUUAUACAAACCCUAUGAAUAGAACACAGAAUUCUCC